CUACUUUUGCCAAGCGACCGACUUCCUGGCAACGCUGCUGUACUAUGGGAGCAGCACAACUUCUUCUGUCGAUAUUGGUGCAACUAUGUUUGUACCCCACCUGGCCUGUGCUGGCCAAGGAAGUCUUUACAGGCAAAGCCACGACGUACGGCCUCGAACCAGCCCUCGGAGAGACUGAAGCGCGCGUAUGGCACCGUACGGCCUCAAUUCCUCGUAUUUUGGGGCGAUGACCUGUGAUCAGUAUUACGAGUCGUCCAGGUGCAAUCGCUGCUUGUCCAUCAUAGGCGAAAGCGUCACAGUCGCGGCCUUUGUGGCAGACUUGUGCUACGAAUGCGACCACGGCACUCUCGAUCUGAACACAGCGUUGUGGUACACUGUGGUGUUGGAAUUCCCACGUACUACAUAGUAUUACGUAUCGAAGGUCCCUAGUGGAGUCUGGUCAGAUCAUGAAUGCAUGGUAGUUUUACAAAGCAGAGUUUCAGACUGCAGCAGAACCGCAUGAAUCCAUGGCAGUGCUUUUUUUAUUCAAGACUGUCGAUGACAAGAUUCAUGACGAUGC